UCAGACGCGAUCAGUCGCCAUCUAAUUAUUGUGGUGUACGGUUGUUAUCGUUGAUAUCGUUGUUGCUACUUUGCCGAGAAGUCUGCCAUCAAAAUGGGUAAUGAAGGUGAAAUCGUCCACAUUCAAAACUCCGACGACUUGAAGACUAAGCUUCAAGAAGCAGGGAGUAAAUUGGUAGUUAUCGACUUCUUUGCCGUAUGGUGUGGACCAUGUAAGAUUAUUGGACCAAAGGUUGAAGAACUGUCAAAGGAAUUGCAAGAUGUUGUUUUUCUCAAAGUUGAUGUUGACGAAUGCGAAGAUAUCGCUACUGAAUAUGAUAUAUCCAGUAUGCCUACAUUCGUUUUUAUAAGAGAAAGUAAAGUGUUGGAGACCUUUUCUGGUGCAAAUUACAAUAGACUUAAAGAAACAAUUGAAAAACAUAAGUGAACAACCUGUCAUGAUUGUUUAAAUAUAUUGUACUUCUAAGAAUUAUACACUGCAUUAGAACUAUUUUUUUUUACACGAGCAAUGCAAAACAGAUAUUUGAAUAGAAAAAGCAAUUUUAACUUGCGCACGUUAAAGAAAUAAAAGCAAAGUUGAUAUUUUAA